CCUCUUCACAUCCUUCUACAUCGGAUCCCGCAACGAACGAUUCAUCACCAUGACCGAUCAGCAGUCGCAACCUCCCAACAACCCGCACCUACCCCUGCUUCAGGAACGUCAACAGCGACAGCAGGGCGCACCUCAGUCAAAUACUCCUCACCAUUAUCAGCACCAGAACCAUAUCCAAUUCAUCUCCUCCAGUCCGCUUCCAAACCCUCGUCAGCUAUUUCCAGAUACCUCGUUCAGGACCAGACGCGCCUUUCAUCCCGCGAGCGGAGGUACUGAGGCCACUAGGACGCCAUAUGGAGCUAUCAAUACGCCGAUGAGGAUCAACACUGCUAGCGCCAAUGCCAGUGCCUAUCAAUCCGGCUUUGUGAGUCCUGGCCCAGGCACUCCAAAACAAAAACAGGUGCCACUUCGUACGACUAAGGUCUCGCAAAAGUUGGUUAUGUUGCCAGAAGAUCAGGAGGAGGCUGAGGAGGAUGAUACCGACUUUGCAGAGGGAGCUUUCUCUGAUCCAGAGAUUGAUGCCUUCCGUGACGAAUCCGACUUCAGGAUCCGGAAACGAGGUUUACACGGACGGGCACCAACUCGCUCAGAGCUGCUGACGAAGGAGCAGAGAAAUUCCAAGGGCCUUGCAAGAGUGGUUGCGUACUGCACUGCAGAGGGAUACGAUAUCAAAAGACUGUCUGCGUACUUGAAGGCCAACCAUGGUGUCCAGCCUCGACUGUAUGAUGAGGCCCUGUAUACUGCCUAUCACUUCCCUCUCAUUCCUGGAAGGACGACGAGAUAUAUGUCAGCGCCACCAGUUCGAUCUCCUGGAGGUGGCUCAAUCUUGGACAAGCAGUUGGAGCAGUAUGAGGAGAACACAGGAGAGGUUUACUCUCGAUCAUUAGAGCAUGCUGAUGACGAGGAGAGAUACAGGCGCUCAACAUCAGGACGGGAUCUGACAAACGAGGACUAUCAUCAGCGCGGUCAACUUAAAAAUCGACGUCGCGCGAGUAGUCGAUCCAGCAGACACACAAAGGACGGCGAUAUAGGUAUGGCAAUGUCUGCUCAUGAGGGUGAGACUUCGAGCCGGAGCACAUCGACUGCACCUGAAUCACAGGAUUAUUUCGUGGAUGCACUUGAAGAUCAGACAUCUGUCAUCAAAUCGCCGUCAGCUGGGCACGCAGAGAGCAUAGAAGCUUUACUUACGAUGGCACCACAGCCAGCUGCGGCGCCAUUUAUGGGUGGAGAAGUAUUUUUCUUUGACUAUGGCGUCACGGUUUUUUGGAACAUGAGUGUCGAGCAAGAGGCAUGGAUCCUGGACGACCUUUCGGAGUUCGAGGUCAAGAGGCUGUUGCCGGACGACGUGCAGAUAGAAGAGUUCCAUUUCGAGUACGCAGGCUACUCCACUCCCAGAAUCUACAACGACAUGAUUACACUGCGAGGAGGAAAUCAUAUGAUCAAGCUGACAAUAUCCCACGCCAUCUCGCAGUCUGUCAAGCUGGCACUGUACGAAUGUCAAAUGGACGAUACUAUCGACGAUACAAAGAUCAUCCCCAUUCAGUUGGCGCAAACCGGAAAACUGAACUACUCGAGACCCCAGAUCACAAAAAUUUCUGGACACCUGUUCCAGCUUCGCAUGAAUGUCGAUCUUGUGUCGAAUGUGCUUGAUACGCCUGAGAUUUUUUGGUCAGAACCAGAGCUGCAGCCGUUAUACAAUGCCAUUCGCCAGUAUCUUGAGAUCGGCCAGCGAGCCAAGGUGUUGAGCGAUCGCUGCCUGGUGAUCUCAGACUUACUGACGAUGCUGCGGGACGACCUUGCAUCGAACAACAUGAACUACAUUACUUGGAUCAUCAUCAUUCUUAUCGUCAUCGCUGUCAUUGUUGCAGCAGGCGAGAUUGUUGUUAAGUACUUGAGCCAUUUUGGAGGCGAGGGAGCACAAUUGCGCUUGUAGGAUCUGAUGAAAUAAAGUCUGUUGCUUGGUCCUGGAAUGAAAAUAAGGAUACAUGGCCUUUUUUUUUUCCUGUAAGCACGCGCACAGGCACAAAAGGUUUAAAUUGUUCCAAAG